AUGGUCAUUUAUUAGUGGUCAAAAUGAAAGCGUGUAUUCUGUUGUGUGCGGUAUUUUGCUUGGGGGUGGCUAAAGCUGAUUGGACCAAUGUGACAGGCAUAGAUUGGGGCAAUGUGACACUCACUGAUUGGACCAAUGUGACUCUUUCGGACCUAGAGUCAGAUUGCAAACAUCAAGCGUAUUUGGGAACCUUGGAUUGUUCUGUGAAAAUCGGAAGCGGCACCGAGGACGUCGAAUGUCUAACAGACGUUAUCAUAAAUUAUGUGGAAUGCAAACACAACACAAAUGAAGAAGGGACAAUCGAAAACCGAUUUUCAGAUUUCGGUGCACCCAUUGAAAAGUCAACUACUGAGAUAGUAAAAUGCGUCUUAGACAACGUUUUGGACAUGAUGAAAUGUGUAGUAAACGACCAACUAACUGGAGAUAUGAAAUGGAAAUGGUCGGUACUAACAAAAUGUGUGUACAAGUAUUUACCGACAUUUUUGGCGUGCACUCUAUAGUUUAACAAAAGCCGCUGUCAAUAAAAUUUCACAGAAAAUAAA